ACACGCGGAACCUUAAACAGCCAUUCACCAGAAGGUUUCCGCGAUAUCGAUCCAUCAGUUGCACCGCUUGUGAUGGCCGUGUUGAUUCUCUCGCCGCUCUCUUCCGCAAUCAUCAUCACUGACGGCCUUGUCUAUGCUGGCCUUUCCCAGCAGGAUCAAAUUGUUUCUUCUCACAGCUCGCCGGUUGUUUGUUAUCAGAUCAUUGGAGGCGGGCUCGAAGGGGACGACCCGCCUUUUUCUGUGGUGAUCCCUUCCCGGUGUAGCAAAGCUCACUCAGGUACGUGGGUAAACGGUAUCGGAUUGUGUGCUUUUGUUUGUACAUUGAGGGAGACGGUGCAUACAUUCUUCAUACGAUCAUAACUGCUCGCGUAGACAUCAGCUUUCGUUGAAUCAAUGCAUGCUGGAUGAAAGCGGCUUUCAAUCGAUCCAUGUGUACAUGUACAUGUAUACAUAUGUAGUGGUAAGCCCCAUCCCCAACUUAUGUGUGUAUGUGUGCAUGUGUUUGCCCAUAUUGUUUGCUCAUUCCAGAUUCUCCCAUUCAUUUUCUGUAACUUUGAGUCAUUCGUAGGAAUGAAACUUUUGAAUAUUCAAUUGCUGGCUCAUAUGCAGCGGAGCACUCUUGGAAGUGAGCACUCGAGUGCACGCAUCACGUGGAAAGCCCAUCCAGCCAGGAAGCGGUUAGCGUAGGCAGCACCCCAAACCCCGUCCGACCAUCCCAUGACAACAUGGGCAUGACAUAAGGCGACUUUCUCGUUCGCCAACUACGAUAUAAUACCCUCACCUCACCCAAUCCACUCGAUUUCAUAUCGAAUCCACGGCCUCUUCCACCCUGCGUACAGAUAUGGGCCUGAGAUGACGUCUACUCCUCACGUCUUGCUCUCGACGCCCAUUGCAAGGCUGCAAGUAGCACUAUCCCAACGGCGACCGCGCAUCACACUUCACUAUUGUGCUGGCGGGUGAACGACCACCUUGCAAACCCCUCCCUACCGCCAUCCACAACCCACAAUCUAGAUCACGCACGCGAUGAAUACGCGCCCUAUACUCGACUCAUAUGCGGGGCCUCAUGCUCUCUCAGCUUCCUUCAAUGCAGACAGUUCUUGCUUCUCGGUAGCGCUGGAAUCGGGCUUCCGCAUUAUAUCUUCGAGCCAUGGAGAGACAAAGGUCACCCGAGAGGUUGGUGGUGGCAUCGGCUGCGCAGAGAUGCUGGGUACCACCAGGUACAUCGCCUUAGUCGGAGGAGGGAAACAGCCCAAGUUUCCACAAAAUAAGGUGCAAAUCUUCGACGAUGCCCGCGAGAAAGUCACCACAUCUCUCGAGUUCAAAACGCCUGUUCAACGGGUUCGCAUUACUAGAGACUAUCUAGUGAUUGCCUUGCUGAAUAGCGUGGGGAUAUACAAAAUGAGUAUACCCCCAAAGAAGACCGCCGAGUAUGAGACGGUGAACAACCCCUUUGGGUUGUGUGCUUUGAGCGAGGGCGUGCUCGUUUUUCCUGGCAUUCUGCCGGGUCAACUCAAAUUCUACAGCCCCAGCAACAGCCAAGUCAGCAUCAUAUCAGCCCAUGAUACCCCGCUGCGCGCGAUCGCCGUCAGUAUGAAGGGUGACAUGGUAGCCACUGCGAGCGAGAAGGGUACCAUUAUCCGUGUAUGGUCAUAUCCCAGCUGCACCAAGCGCGCUGAGUUCCGCAGAGGUGUUGACGACGCUGUCAUUUUCUCCCUCGCCUUCUCGCCAGAUGGUUCCACUCUUGCUGUUACCUCUGACAAGUCUACACUCCAUCUUUUCGACAUCCCGACAUCCUCGCAGUCUAAACCCGAUCCUUCUAAACACAAAUGGGGCUCUUUGUCUUUGGCUGGACCUUUACUCCCUCGUCAGUUUUCAGAUACUUAUUCAUUCGCAUCGACCAAAUUUGAAAUGGGCGAUGAGCCGUUAACCUGGGGUCCGCACUCCAGAUCACCUACGUUUACUGCUAGCACCCCUGGAGUGCCCGGCGGGCGUCCGACAAAGGGUCUGGUUGGCUGGCUUGACAGUCAAACGCUCAUUGUGGUCGGUGCAGGGCAGGAUUCACGAUGGGAAAAAUUUGUGGUCGGGAUUGACCAAGCUGGGAAACGGAUAGUGUAUAGAGAGGGCUGGAGACACUAUCUGGAUUUGUGA